UAGUAGCUGAACAGUGACGUGUAAAUAGACCCAGUGAGGAGGCUAUCGCUUCGUCUUGGCGCGACUGAUUCAGCCCGACGCACGGUGGCUUGACGAUCAGCUCGGAUUAAAAGCGAUAGUAGUUGAGGCCAGUUAUAGCCUUAUAGCCCUGCUGAAACACACAAAAAGGAGGAGGAUUGUUCGUUCCUGCCUCCGACGUCAUGGGACGUGCGAUAAUGACCAAUCUCGUGACUGCCCCUCGCCCAUAGCCUAAUGUGGUCUAGGGCGGGGGGACCAUUGGGAUGCCUAGUUGCCUGGGGCGCUGGAAGUAUCAACAACAAUGUGAAACAAGUUGGGGUAAUUGCCGAAUUGGCCGAUAGUCACCCUCUUCUACACAUGAUACAUCCCACUCGGCCCAGUACACAGCAGCUAUCGGGAUUGAAGACUAGUACAGGGCCAGAUUCCCCUUCAAUUGCUGCUGGGCAGCAUCUUACGUACUUCUGCCCCCUAAUCAAUGGGUCACCGGUCUGCGAAAUCGGCAGGCCGUCUCUCAAUUCGCCAACCGCGACGGUUACUCUCCCGUCUAGUCCUCUGCUCCACUCUCCUACUGGGUGUCAGCAUCGUCCUAAAAAGCCGCCACCGUCUCAGCUCCUUCUUCCCCCACUUACUUACUCCUACACACUCAUAUACCCAAGUCACAACUAUGUCUUACCAACACGAACGCUACAUCGCCGAACUCGCGGUCCAGCGAGCUACUCUCCUCACCCAGAAGGUCUUCAACGAAAAGGCCAAGGGCACCGUAUCGAAAGAUGACAAGUCACCCGUGACGAUCGGUGAUUUUGGUGCCCAGGCUCUGAUCAUCCAGGCUAUCCGCAAAAACUUCCCAAAUGAUGAGAUCGUCGCCGAAGAAGAGGCCAGCUCCCUCCGUGAGGAUAAAGGACUGAGCGCCGAAAUUUGGAGGCUGGUUAAGGAUAUCAAGCUGGAUGACAGUGAGAGCGAUGAGGUCCUUGGAGGACCCUUGCCAAGUGAAGAAGCAAUGCUGGACAUUAUCGAUCAGGGCAAGAGCGCGGGAGGCGCGAAGGGUCGCAUCUGGGCUUUGGACCCCAUCGACGGUACGAAGGGAUUCCUGCGUGGUGGCCAGUAUGCUGUCUGUCUUGGCUUGAUUGAGGAUGGCGACGUCAAGGUGGGAGCGAUUGGCUGCCCCAACCUGCCUGUCAAUGACUCCGAUACGAUGUCUGCAUCGAUCGGUAUUGACCAGAACAGCGGUGCUGGUAAUGGAGUCCUUUUCUCAGCUAUUAAGGGUGCCGGUUCCAUCAGCCGACCUCUGAAGAACGGCGCUCUCGCCGAGAGCAAGUCUAUCUCCAUGCGUCCGGUGCCAGACAUCGCGCAGGCCGUCUUCUGCGAAGGAGUGGAGGCUGCCCACUCGGCUCAGGGUGAUAAUGCUGCUGUUGCCCAGCGCCUUGGCAUCACCUCCCCGAGCGUGCGACUGGAUUCUCAGGCCAAGUACUGCUCUAUUGCCAGAGGCGCCGGUGACAUCUAUCUACGUCUGCCUGUGAAGAAGGAUUACCAAGAGAAGAUCUGGGAUCAUGCGGCUGGAGACCUCAUCGUGCGUGAAGCUGGCGGUCAAGUAACAGACAUCUACGGUCAGCAAUUGGAUUUCAGCAAGGGCCGGACCUUGGCUGCCAACAAGGGAGUUGUCGCUGCACCCAAGGCCCUCCAAGACCAGGUGAUUGAUGCUGUGAAGACUGUCCUGAAGCUGUAAAUGAGCUUGUGUUAUGAUCAAAACAAUAUGCAACGAACUUUGUCAGAUUGCUCACGCUAGAUGCGUCUAGAAGUACAUAGGAUAGAUAC